GUGUUGAUGCGUGUUCUGUGUGCGUGUUAAUUUGAAAUUAGUGCAUCAUGAAGCACUUCGGCGGUGCAGCUCCCAUGCAGCAUCUUGCCGGAAGUGGCUGUAACAAUAGUGCAACGCCAUCCUCAUCGUCACCGUCGCCUAGCAACGCAGACAGUAACGGCAGAUGCAGCGGCAACAGAUGCAGACGACAUCGUAGUAGCAUUAGCAGCAGCAUGGCACGAUGGAAUCUAAUCGUCUGCAUGGCGACGCUGUUUUCGCUAAUGUUUACAAAAUGUUAUGCCAGUCAAGCGCUCGAAUUUACGGUAGAACCCUCGGAUGUAACCGUACCGGAAGGUAACUCGGUAAUGCUGCAGUGUGCCGGCAGUGCAGACAGGAAAGUGUUGCAGGAUGGCAAAAUUGCACCCAACAUUCGGUGGCGUGGUCCGGACGGGCAAGACAUUGGCAUUGUGGGUGACACGUUCCGGUCGCAGCUGACCAACGGUUCGCUGUACAUUAGCUCGGUGGAAAGUAACCGUGGACUGACCGGGUUUUAUCACUGUCUGCUGAGUGUGGACGGUAUCGGUACGAUCGUUAGCAGAUCGGCACGUGUCUCGAUUGCAGAUCUACCGGACAUAAAUCAGGAAUCACACGAAAUCUAUCUGUACGCCGGUCAAACGGCGUACUUCAAGUGUAUGUCCAGCUUGCUGCCUUACAGCGUCGAAUCGCGCUAUCACACCGAAUGGCUAAAGGACGAUCUACCUCUGCGUAUGGAUUUGACGCGCAUGCUGCUGCUUCCCUCGGGUGCGCUUGAAAUUGAUGAAGUUGUACCUGCGGACCGUGGCACAUAUCAGUGCAACGUGACCGCAGGCACCUUCUCACGGUUGAGCAGCAAAUCGAAUCUUAACAUUAAGUCUACCGCCGGGCAGCCCCAAAGUUUCGCUCCACCUGCGUUCGUGAUCGUUCCUCAGCCGCAGACAGUGCGCGAGGGCGACACCGUCAUACUGGACUGUGCUGCAAACGGUAACCCGAAGCCAACGAUUCGAUGGCUACGAAAUGGGGAAGACAUCGACAUGAACGAUCUGGACUCGAGAUUCCGCAUCAUGGGUACGGGAUCGUUGCAGAUCAACUCGAUACAGGACACGGAUGCGGGCGACUACCAAUGUCGGGCGAGCAACACGGAGGAUUCGCUGGAUGCUUCCGCCACGGUGCAGGUGCAAGUUCCGCCGAAGUUCAUCCUCAGUCCAGAGGAUAAAGUCGCGUACGAGAAGGAAGAGCUAGAGUUAGCGUGCUCCAUUCACGGCAAACCGACGCCCGUUAUCCAGUGGUUGAAGAAUGGUGACUUGAUAACACCGAGCGAGUACAUGCAGAUUGUUGGAGGACACAACUUGAAAAUUUUCGGACUGAUCGGUUCAGACGCCGGCAUGUUCCAGUGCAUCGGAACGAACCCGGCUGGAAGUGUGCAGGCAGCAGCUCGUCUGGAAAUAAUCGAACCAGGUCUUCCGAAACGACACAAGGGCAAAAAGUUUCAGCAGACACAAUCGAAAACGAAAUCAUACGAAAAAUCACCACUCCUGCUGCAGUCCGAUCCGAAACUCUCGAAAUCGGUGCUGGAUAGCUUGGUGUCGCGGACGAAAGAACGACCGAACGUUAGCCGACAGCAGUUCCAGUACAACGAAUAUACUGACGAUGACUAUGCCGAUCACGACCGCAUGCUUGACAGUGACCAUGAGGAUGACGAUGACGAGGACGAUGACGAGGAGGAGGAGGGCAAAAUCUAUCCGCUACGACCAAACGAGGACCUGAACAAACUCUACCAAUCGUUGACCGGUUCGAAGUCUCGGGAGGAUGGUGAGGUUGGCCAUUUCUCUAAUCAGAAGUCUCCCAUUAACGCUGUUACGCGGAAAUACUCGAAAUCGUACGUAGAUGGAAGUGGGAAGCUGGCUGCACCCUUGCCAGGACCGCCCCGUGCCCUCCAGGCUCAGAUAGUGCAGUCGCGCUUCAUUACGCUGAGCUGGCUGGAACCGGCGAAGAAUCCUGAUGAAGUUAUCUCCUAUUCGGUCUAUUAUCGGAUGCAUACGAGUGAUAGAGAACGCAAAAUGACAACGAAUUCACGCGAUGAGCAGGAAAUAAAUAUUCAAUCGCUGCAACCUGGCAAAAACUAUCACUUCCGUGUGGUGGGCAACAGCAAUCAUGGUCCGGGCGAGUCUUCGGAAACUCUCGAAGUGCGAACAUUGUCCGAGGAGAAUAUUGCGGGUGCACCGCAAAAUCUGCGUGGAUAUGCGAUUACUGAAAAAGAUAUCCACCUACAGUGGGAUCCGCCAGUCGUGACGAACGGGUUGAUCACGAAAUAUCGCGUUUACUACGCCGAAACUGACAACGGUGCAGAGAUGUACUCCGAUACGACCACCACGGAGGUUAUUAUCAACGAGUUGCGUCCCUACACGAAGUAUACCAUGUACGUGGUACCCUUCAAUCAGGCAGGAAUGGGCGAUCCGUCACACGAGAUAGACGUCAAAACGUACUCAUCUACACCAUCAGAACCACCGGCAAAUGUGACGCUAGAACAGACAAGCUCUACCGUAGCAAUUCGCUGGGAACCACCACCGUUGGAGGAUCGCAAUGGACAGAUAACGGGGUACAAAAUAAAGUAUCGGAAGAACAAAAAACCGCUGCAGGUGGAGACUACUCCGGCCAACGUGCGUUACUACAUACUGAAGGAUCUGGACAAAAUGUCCGCAUAUCAGGUGAAGAUUGCUGCGAUGACGGUGAACGGUACUGGACCGUUUACUGAAUGGCAUCACACGGAAACCUAUGCGAACGAUCUGGAUGAAUCACAAGUUCCUGGACAACCGGCUUGGAUAAAGACCCGACCUGGAGCGGACAAUAUAACGGUAAUGUGGGGACCACCGGUACAUCAAGAAAUUAAAGUUCGCAGCUACAUCCUUGGCUGGGGGAAAGGUAUCCCUGACGAAGAUACGGCUGAAAUUGAGGAGCGAAUACGGCAGUUUGAAAUCACCAAUCUCGAGCCCAACAGCGAGUACGUUAUUUCUUUGCGAGCUCGUAACGCAGUUGGAGAUGGAGCACCAAAGUACGAUACGCUGCGUACCCGUGAAGAUGCUCCAAUUGAAGCUCCAACGCCGUUAGAAGUUCCGGUCGGUCUACGCGCUAUUCCUAUGUCGGGAACAUCGAUCGUAGUGUACUGGACGGACACGACGCUCAGCAAAAGUCAGCAUGUGUCGGACAAUCGAUACUAUGUUGUCCGGUACAGUCAAAAUGGUUCGAACCGUUACCGGUAUCACAACACGACCGUUCUGAGCAGUAUGAUUGGUGAUUUGCGACCCAACACACAGUACGAGUUUGCGGUAAAGGUAGUCAAAGGACAUCGCCAAUCGGCCUGGUCUAUGUCGGUGUUAAACGCCACCCAGCAAGCUUCACCCGUUUCACCACCGCGUGACUUGCAGGUCACUUUUGAUCCACGCAAUCCGCUCACUGCUAUACUGAGCUGGCUUUCGCCGCGGCAUGUUAGUGGAACGAUUGCGGGCUAUCAAGUGCUUUACACAACUGACACUAGCAAGCGCGAUCGUGAUUGGAACAUUGAAUCCACAACCGGAGAGCACACGGCGGCGGAGAUUAUAAACCUUGAACCUCACACGACCUACUACUUCAAGGUGCAAACACGCCACUCAAAGGGUUUGGGUCCGUUUUCGGCGAUGGUUUCUAUGAAAACAGGUGCUGAGGUUGAUUCCAGUGGGAACCUUACGCUGAGGAAAUCGAUCUCCUCCGAACUGCUGUACGUUAUUUACGGAUUCGCAGUGAUGGCGGUGUUUACGAUCAUUUUUCUUCUGAUCAUCAAGUGCCGUAACAAGAUCCCCGAAGGUACACCGGAGCACGCGAAAAAAAGCUAUCAGAAGAAUAAUGCGGGAAUCAUUAAGCCGCCCGAUCUGUGGAUUCAUCACGAUCAGAUGGAGCUGAAGAAUAUGGACAAGGGUGGUAAUCACAGUACGACGCCCGGCUCGGUCGAUGGUGGUGCGUCCAGCAGUGGUACGAUGACGCUACCACGGUCGGUCGGUGGACACGAUUACGAUAGCGAAACACCAAUCACGCACGUUACUAACUCGCUCGACAAGCGUAGCUAUGUGCCUGGGUAUAAUGGAAACACAACGUCCCUUAGCUCGACCAUGGAACGACCGCAGUAUCCGAGGACGCAGUACAGCACAGCAGCUCGACCACAUAUAGCGAUGGAUCAGCAAACGCUUUCACAGCAGAAUCUUCUCCAACAGCCUCCACAAUUGCCGCCAGCAAAUCCACUCGCUCAGACACCCGAAAACCCGUACACAUACGACAGUAGUUAUAGCCCAAAUGUAACCUACGCCCAAGGUAUAGCGAUAGAUGCCCCGAAACGAGGGCAAGGACACCCGUUGCGAAGUUUCAGCGUACCUGCACCGCCCGCAUCCACACCGGGCAAGCAUGGCACACCAACGCCAGCAGUCACGAUACGCCCGCAAAAUUCAUCGCCCUACAAAAAACCUUCGCUCUCGUCCGGUUCGCUAACGAAUCGACUACAAACUGGACCGGUCGUGGCACACUCGAACGACGAAAUCCAGCGACUGGCACCGUCCACCUCGACCGAGGAGCUCAACCAGGAGAUGGCCAAUCUCGAGGGCCUGAUGAAGGAUCUGAGUGCAAUCACGGCGAACGAGUUUGAGUGCUAGG